UAUUGCAAUUCAAGUAUGAAACACGUUCCUCGUAUAACAAAACCAAUAGUGUAUAAAAGUAUUUGCACAAUGGAGGAAAUGUCACAACGUGUAUCCCAAUCACAAGUUCACACGACCGAUAAGCAGUUGCCGAUAUCCGCCAUCGUCGAUCCUCUUGUAUCAACUACGAUCCCGCAAAACACCAAAAAAAGACCCCGUGAGGUCUCCGACGAAUUCUCUGAUCCUGCAAUGAUCCCCAGCACACCCGUAGAAAUUGACGUUGAAGUAAAGCGAUCAAGAUUGACAAACCUAACUCAUGUUUCUCAGACGCCCGACUUCAAAACUUCUCUUUCGACUUCUCAAAGUCACUUCUCCAUGCAGAGUUUACCGCGCGAUAAAAAAACACUGGGGAGGAGUGAAAAUCGUCCACGUGAUAAAAAAGGACUGGGAAGGAGUGAAAAUCGUAGUUAUCAAGACGUAUCCCAUGUAUCAGAAAGCGAAAAACUCAGUUCUGAUGAGAAUAUUAAUGUUUUAAAAACUCCUUUUAAAAAAGAUAAUACUGUCAAUUCAUCUGAUGUUAUACACAUAUCUGAUGAUGAGGUUGAAGACAUUGCAGUAACACGUAAUGAUUAUUCUGAAGGCACAAAACAUCCUCGACUGAAUUCCUCUACUACGAACACAAAACGUGAUGUUGAACGAAUGGCUGUGGAAAAACAGAAGAGAACUGGUGUAAAGCACAGUGGGGAGACAGAAGACAAGAAAUCGACAAUGCUUCACGAUGUGUUUGGUGCAGUUAAUGUCUCACUUGGUGAAAAAGAGAUCAAGACUACUGAUGUUUUGCGGCAACAAAAUGAUUUGCAAGGAAGUGGUGUACAAGAGUUUGAUGAUAUCUGGACGUGCACUCUAAAACGUCCUUUUAAUGACUCAAAAAAGGAUGAAAUCAUCAAGGACCCAGAUAGUGAAGUGAGAGGGAAAAUUAAAGAAACUACUUCGCCUGUGAUCUCGUUGAACAUGAAGCGAUGCAAAAUAUCUACAGAUAAGUCACAUGUCUCCGAUACAGAGCGAUCAUUCACGGAAACCCUGAAUGACAAAGAACCUUUGAUGGUAUCAUCUGAAGAUGAACUGUUUGGCUCAUCAAUUAGCUCGAAAAAUGUCACGAUUAAUAAUGACAUGAGCAAGGAUGUUAAAAAAUCAUUUCACGAUAAUGAAUAUCAACUUAUUUCAGAGAAGAAAGGUGAAGAAGCCAGUGAUAAAGUCAACAAUGAUUUCACUGGUGAUGGCAGUGGAACUGAUGAUAUUUGUUUAUCAAAGUCGCCUUCAGAUUCUGGUUGGAUGUGUAAAAAGUCGUUCUGUAUCAAAGAAGAAGAAAAGGGACAAGGCGAUAAUAUCGCGAACACAACGAACGCUGUAGAUGCGGACAGUGACAUUCCCAUUGAAAACUGUGAUGAUACUGUAAAGGAUAUCAAGGAAGAAGAGUACGAAAGAGACUUGAUCUCUGUGGAGUACACUGCUUUAGUUAUCGUUAAGGUUACUCAUUCAGCGGUUGAUUCAUUAACAAACACACCUAACACCACAGUGUUGAAGAAUGUGAAGAAAUUUAGAAAGCAAAAUAUUAAUGGUAAUCGUUAUGGUUUGCCUGAGAUCAUUGGGGGCAGUGAUUUAGUCGUCUUCUCCUCUCGAAAUAUUGAUACUGAGGAAUGGAUCCUACAGGUUCAAGAGAUGAACGAAGAAGAUGCACAAGAUAAGGAUGCUGAUAAUUUAUUUCGUUACAAUCCCACAACAAGUAAGAAAAGACAUCGACGUUAGCGUUUGUCUCCUCCGUAUUUCCGUCACACUUCGUUUACACCAUCUCAGCUAUAUUGAUCGAGAUUAUGUAUUCAUUAUCAUACUGGCGUUUUAACAAGAUAAAUUACGUGGAAAUAUUCGGCAGAAACCACACCAACCGCUUCUCACUAACUGCGUGGCAAAGAUAACAUAAACACGAACAAUUCAUUUCAUUCAUAUUCAUGUUUAUAAAUAUCAGACUGUGUGCGCAUUAUCUAAGAGCAUUUUUAUCGUUAAUGAAUGUGAAAUUCAACGUCACUGUUAUGAUAAAAAUUUAGCGAGAACGUAUUUGAGAAAAUUCUUGAGUAAGUAAAAGGAACAGACGCGCUGACAACAAAAGCAA